AUUGUUGCCCUAGCAACCCGGGCAGCCACCGGAUGUCUUCCUCCCCGGAGCAAGUGGCGGCGGGCCGCACGCCCGCGCGUACAAACGCCGCGCUCGCUCGCGCUGCCGCGAUGAGCAUCCAUCUCACCGAGCCCCCACCCCCAGGCUUAGCCGCGCACCCCCCAGCCGUAAGGAAAUCGCUCGGACCGAACCCUGAGCCUGCCCCGGCGCCAUGGCGGUCUCCGAGAGCUCGCGGAAUGCGCUGCUCCCUAGCUUUCUCUACGCGGCCCCGGCCGCUGCCUCCCCCUUCGCCGCCGCCGCUAGCGUGGGCGGGCGCACGGUCGCCGCGCCGUCUGCGGCGGCGGCGGCGCGGCCCGCUAUUUGGGCCCGGGCGCCGAGCGAGCCGGGCCGGAGGAUUGAGAUGUACUCGCCGGCAUUCUACGCGGCGUGCACGGCCGGCGGCGUCGCCAGCUGCGGGCUCACGCACAUGACCGUCACGCCCCUCGACCUCGUCAAGUGCAACAUGCAGAUCGAUCCAGCCAAAUACAAGAGCAUCACAUCUGGUUUUGGUGUUUUGUUGAAAGAGCAAGGGCCAAAGGGUUUUUUCAGGGGCUGGGUACCUACCCUACUUGGAUACAGUGCUCAGGGAGCUUGCAAGUUUGGUUUCUAUGAGUUUUUCAAGAAGUAUUACUCGGACAUUGCUGGCCCUGAGUAUGCCGCCAAGUACAAGACUUUGAUAUACCUGGCGGGUUCUGCUUCGGCUGAACUCAUUGCAGAUAUUGCCCUCUGCCCCAUGGAAGCUGUUAAGGUGCGUGUGCAGACGCAGCCUGGCUUUGCAAGAGGUUUAUCAGAUGGCCUUCCGAAGUUUGUGAAAGCGGAAGGCUAUUCUGGACUGUAUAAAGGAAUUGUUCCACUCUGGGGCCGACAAAUUCCUUACACUAUGAUGAAAUUUGCCUCUUUUGAGACUGUUGUUGAGAUGAUCUACAAGUAUGCCAUUCCUGCCCCCAAAAACGAAUGCAGCAAGAAUCUCCAGCUCGGAGUGAGCUUUGCUGGUGGCUACAUUGCUGGGGUGUUCUGCGCAAUUGUUUCGCACCCAGCUGACAACCUUGUUUCCUUCCUCAACAAUGCCAAGGGGGCAACGGUCGGCGAUGCUGUGAAGAAGAUUGGUCUAGUGGGGCUAUUUACGCGCGGUCUCCCGUUGCGUAUCGUGAUGAUUGGUACCCUCACCGGUGCCCAGUGGGGUAUCUAUGAUGCUUUUAAAGUCAUGGUUGGACUGCCGACUACUGGAGGCGCUGCUCCAACACCUGCUGCCACUAAGGCCUGAUUCCACACAGCCAGACUUCAGACAAAAACUGGCCUUGAUGACCAAAUAACUCCUCUUUCUUAGGAGCAAUUCUUUUAUUCUUUUAGGAACUCUAAAAUGAUAAAAUCUCAGAUGAGUCUCAAGCUCAGCCAUGCUAAUUAGAUUGCAAGAUUUAGGAAGAUGUUCGCUAGAUAAUCAAGUGGUUCACGAUGCCUGGAAACCAUGGCAUUGUUAAAGAAAAGAAAAAGCUAAUUAGAAUGCCCAAAACAGAAAAAAAAAGAAAAAGAACAUGUUUACUCGCCCAUGGACCAUUGUUAAAGCUAAUGUUUUGCUGGUUCGAUUUGUGUAAUUUUCACCGGUGUAUUUUAGGGCAAGUCAACGAGAGCAUCUCUGUGGCAGAGCGUGAAGUUCUUUCUGUUUAAUAUAUGCUGCUUGUUCGUUGCUGUUGAUGGCAACAUCCUUUAUACUGAACAAACCUAUUCCUCUUGCGUUUUUGUUUAGACUAUGCCUAUGCGGCUAUGCUUUGUCAUCGAUGUCAAGCAGAUUUAUGAAGGUCUUAAGAAUUAAGAUGUUAUUACUCUA